ACAAACUACAUUUCCCAUGAUGCCCCUGUUGCGCUCGCGCAUGAGUACGUCCCGCUACGCCAACAAAACGUCGCAGCGUCUGUUUGGUGACAGUUUACCUGAUUAUACCUGUUCUGUAAACAGUGUGUGGACUUUAUCUGCAUUGAUAAUGGCAUCGCACGGAAACGAGACAGGGUCCGUGGAGCUGAAUCCUGCUGUCCUCCCUCUAGACUGGCUUCUGGGGACCUGGGAGUCUGAUGAACCUGGGGAGGGCUGUUUCCCCACUAUAAAACCUUUCAGCUACACAGAAACUCUACACUUCACCCACGUGGGACAACCAGUGAUCAACUUCAUGUUUAAUGCGUUUCAUGCAGAGUCUCAAAAGCCGCUGCACAGAGAGUGCGGUUUCAUUAGGAUGCAGCCUGGAACCAACAAAGUGGCAUUUAUCAUCGCACAGAAUUCAGGUCUGGUGGAAAUUGAGGAGGGGGAUUUGACAGGGCAGCAGCUUAACCUGCAGACCAACUCUUUGGCCAGAAUUUCUUUUGCCAAGAAGCCACAUGUGCAGCAGAUUACCAGAGUGUUUCAGCUCCGACCAGAUGGGAGACUGGAACAGACAGUUUCCAUGGCAACAGACAAUCAACCACUGAUACAGCACUUGCACAUCACUUACCAUCGAUCAUCUUGACUGAACCAGAUUGACUUCUGUAGAAAUACCGCUGUGUGUAAAAAUAAGUGCAGCUUGUAAAAGUCUGAUCAAUAAUGUCUGAGUCAGAAAUGAUUCUAAAGUUAUAUAAGGUUUUAAUUCUGCUGCCUAUAGACAAGUUCUAUUCAGGCUGGCAAACUAGAACAAAGUAUAUCACAUCAAUGAUAACUAACUUUGCAUCGUUCAGCCAUGAACUGAUGCUGAAUGUUGCAGCCAAAUUCAAAUGUUUAAAAGUGUCCAAACUGUAUUCAUGUCAAGCUGUUAAAGCUGAGGCGUUUUUUUUGUUGUUGUGACAUUUGAAAAAAGGUAAAUGUUGUGCAGAGUCUUCGUCAUAUAUGCACUGAUAAAAUAUUAAGCACCCGUCCCUCUGUCUGACUAUUAAAAGAAUGAAAGAGUUGUCUCUGCA